AUGCCAUCCACUCCUUCGAAGCGCGGCCGUGACGACGAGGAAACCGAAGAGCAGGUCCAAAAAAGGCAAAGACUGGACGAUGGCUCGGUCAGCCAAACCGUCGAUGCUUCUUCCUCGUCUGCGCCAGCCAUGAUCGGUGUUCCAGCGCAGAACGUCAACAACACCUUAGCCAGCUCGCUCUUCCCGCAGGGCAGCUCUUCUUCGUCGCCUGCAGUCGCAUCACAGGAUGUCGCUAGUAACGCGAUCCCUCAGCAGGCAAACACCUCAACCGUCCCCCCCUGGGAGCUAUGCACCAUUGGUGGCCAGCAGGUUACCGUCCUGACGGAUCUAACCCAGGUCCCUGCCUCUCUUUUCCAGCCCGGUCUCAUUUUUUGCGGUCUCACCCAAACCGCAAGGCUGUUCUUCGAGUCCAAAGUUGCCGUGGCUUUCGAUGCCACCCGUGGGCAGAAGUACUACUCCUACAAUCGGUUGCCACAUGAACUGCGGAUUCCGACGAGAGCUGACGCCCAGCAGCAUCGCGCCACCGUCUGGGAGCGUGCUGCCGCCUACCCUGACCAUACCCUGGCUACUGUCCGUGCCAACGACGCGCAGAACGCAGAGCGCUGGUACAAUGCAGCCAUCGACUUGAGCCAGAUGCGUGACAAUCUGGGUGGGAAGGGCAAGGGAGCAAGUCGCUUCCUGAACUUGGCUGAAAAUGGCCAGCCGCACUAUAGCCACGAGGAACUUACCAUGCUCUAUUUCAGAUUCAUGGACAUCGUCGAUGACGGCAGUCAGAACGGUUUCCGGGUGUCCACUAACACUCGCCACUGGAAGCAGGUCCAACGCAAGGACUACAACCAGACGAUGACAGCACAAGAAAGGCUGGAGGACGCGCUACAAGCCAUUCGCAAUGAGAAGGCUAUCUUCAGCGAUCUUCUCGGCGCGGAGGGCCUUGGGAACCUGGUCGAGUUCGCACAUAAUCCUCGGGCCUACGCCGAUGUCAAAAACGAAGAUCGCCGCGCGAAUCUCAACCGCGGCCUUGCCAAGGACGAACGCAAAGGGCCAGAUGCACCGGAUUCCUUCCCGUGGUCGGAGAAGCCAGCUGGACAGAGGCGAGCCUGCGUUUACCCAGGUUGGACCGAUAUUCCUCCUACUCAUCGCAUCACCAGCGCGGCGGCUGCCAACGCCUACAUCCAGUCCACAAUCCGCCGUUACUACAUCCCGAAUGACCCUACCGUAGCCUUCUUCUGGGCACACCUAGACGACUUCGCCCACCUCCUAUACGACUCGGUUGUGUCCACUCGCGGCAUGCAAGACAAUGCAAACGGCAACCAGGCGAAAGCCUUCAUCAGUGCACCGCCGGAGUACGAUACGGGUUUAUUCGAGCGCGAGACUCGUAACAUCCAGGCUUGGUGUUACCUUCUUUGCGAGAGGCUGGUUGAAGAUGCUGUCUAUGGCUACCUGAUGCCACAGACGGAUGGUCAAACGCCAGUUGAGAGCGGACGGCACACCCAGUGCAACCUGGGUCAAGUAUUCUACGGAAACAGGGACUUGGACGUCACCCUCUUUCAGCGUUUCGGUGCUAUCCAGAUGGCGCUAGUCUGUUCUAAAACAAUCGCCAACCCAUUCCGCGGAGACGUCAGUGCUUUCUUGCGACUUAGCGACCUGAUCUGGCAGCCUCUGGCAUACCUGGAGACCAAAAUCCAACACCGGAAGUCGAACAACAAGCGCAAGACCCCGGCUGGACCUCGAAACGGUGAUAACGGAGAAGGGUCGUCGAGCGGUGCGAUGGGGAACCAGGCUUCUGGACCCGCCGCGAAUCAGCAGCACACUUCGACCCAGGGCAAUCAGCUUGCACAGGCUAACAAUGCCUUCUUGAACGCAAACACUCCCAUGGACGGCAUGGGACCGGGUCCAAGCGGCUCCGGGCCGCUUACUGGUUCAGGCAUUCAAAAUGGCAUGCAGUCCGCCCCCUCUCGUCCUUUAGUUAACACCAACAACUCGACGUUGCAGCCUCAGAGCGACUACCCGCCUAUCUUCGCCACCCAGCCCGACAACAGUAUCCCGUGCUCCCAACCCGAGAGUAUCCCGCCGCCGGUCGUCGUUGAUCCAUUUGACGAAGAGAAGUGGGAUCUCAGCCUAGACUUUGACCGCCUCCGGGUUGACGAGUCUGGAAACCUCACGACCCUUCCAGUGGACCCAGCGAUACAAGGACAAGUACCUGGCUCUGGAUACGAAGCCCAGGGCAUCCCUCCGCAGAAUAUCUUAGCUUCCCAGAUUCGGACGCUGGCUUCAGCACCCGCCAAUACCUCCGACAGCCAGCCUGCGAUGCCGGACCAUCUCCACGUCCCGACGCCCGCUUCGGGAGACGAGAUGGAUACGGGGCUCAACGCGCCAUCCCAGGAAGACAGCGGCAACAGCAACGUGGACGCACCUGUUACCGACGGCUCACCCACCCACACAUCAGCGGAGCACCCCACCGACGACUCGGACCGCGAGCUCGAUGAGAUGAGCGAGCUAAGCGAAGAGGAGUGGGUCGAAUACAUGUUCGGCUCAAGGGAAGUACUGGAUUGGGAGCGCGAAAUGCUACGCAAGCGCGCUGAGCGCGCACAGUCUGCAACUCCAGCACAUGCCACCGCUGGCCUGGAGGAGAGUACCGGCAACAACAACAACAACGCCGGCAGCUCCGACCCUUCUUCUUCUGACAGCCACGGCGUCUCCGGCCAGGCCGCGGCGGCUGACGGCAAUGCCACUGCCACUGCCGCCGCCGCCCAGGCCCAGGCUCAGGCUGCUGCUGACCCGCCGACUCAACAACAACAACAAGAGCCCUCCGAUCCGUCGUCAACCCGGCCUCACUGGCGCCCGGUUGGCGACGACGACGACGGCUGGAUCGGUAUGCCGAACUUCGAUCCCAACGUGCCCGAAAUCAUCCCCGAGUACCAAGCCCACCUCUUCGAGAUGCUCGGGAUCGGCCCCUCCGACCAGCCUUCUGUGCCGGAGGGGGAGCAGCCGUUGGAGAGCGGCGGGGGCGGCGGCGGCUCCAUGUCGGGGGCUGCGAACGAUAUGCCAUCGGAGGUGGUGGCGUCCGCUCAGGACCAGCAGGAGCCUGUUGACGACGGCUCCGACCAGGAUGCGGAACACGACGAGUUUGACAGCCUUUUCGAGGAGGAAACUUCUGCUGCCGCGGACGCAUCCACUGUUGCUGGCACGCCGGCGGCGGACCGGGACUACCAGACCCCCGGAACCGACUACUCUGAUGCCAACUCGUAA